AUGCUGGGCUCCAGGCGCUACGAUACCCAGGUUGGUCCCACAUUGGGAUAUAGCAACCCAACGCCAGAACCAACACAGUAUACAUCUCCAGCCAAUCUAUUCCUGGAAGAAGAAGUCUACCAACUCGGAUCGUGUCCAGGCGUCAGGUCCUUACCCCCAGGCGCAGAGCGCGACUUUCUCACUCUAUCAUGGGGUCCUAUCGUUUACCGUACCUCCUAUGCCCCCGAAACAAAGCGUCUCCUACCCGUAUUUCUCCGCUGUCUCAACGACGCCGGCGAGGAGUCGGAGCCAAACCACGUCUCAUCGGACCUUUCUGAAGACUCCACCGACAUCAAGAUAGCAAUACUACUAUCGCUUUUCCCGAACAUCAAACAAGAGGAAUUAUUGGAGAUUCUCGUUUCCUGUGAGGGAUCGGUGGAGAAUGCAUCUGCACUGCUCUCUGCGAAGGAUGCUACAUUAUGCACGCCCGUCAAUGCAAAGCGAGUUGCGAGUAGCUCAUCACUUGGAGUGCAGACAUCACUCUCAUCGCAUAUCCUCGCAACGGCUGAAGAUGGAAGCAUGAAACCAAUCCGUGAAGUUACAAGCCAGAAAAAGCCUCUACCUCCAAGAAAGGGCAAAACACUACAUCUUUACUCGCCCGAGGAUAUUGCAGCCUACACGCCUUGCACUAUCAUCCACAACUUCCUUCCGGCCAAAGAAGCAAAUGCGCUUCUGGUUGAGUUGUUGGAUGAAUCAAAACACUUCACUCGGGACAGUUUCCAGCUGUUCAACCGCACCGUUCAGAGUCCCCAUACGCAUGCUGUCUAUGUCUCCACGCCCGAAGAGCACCGGCAACAGACUUCAGAAUACACUUACGGAGGAACAUAUCGCUCAAAUGUGCGUCAGGCAACGCCACAACUACGAGUAGUGUCACGCCAAGUACAGAAGGUCGUCAACGAGGAAAUCAACAAACGGAUCCGAGACGUCUACCCAGACGGAAAGAAGCUACAAUACCAGUCACCAAAGGAGUGGCGGCCAAAUGCAGCUUUCGUCAACUGCUAUGAUGGACCGAAUGAAAGCGUGGGAUAUCACUCAGACGAACUCACCUAUAUCGGCCCCCACCCGGUGAUAGGAAGUCUGAGCUUAGGCGUGGCACGAGAAUUCCGAGUCCGUCGAAUAGUACCCCGAGAGGAGGAGGCGGCUUCUACAGAACCCCAUGACAAUAAUCACACAACCUCGCUGCCAGACUAUCCACAGAAGCGGACAGGGCCAGCCGAGCGGAUAGAAGCCGAAGGCCAGAUCUCAAUCCAUCUUCCUCACAAUUCCCUCCUGGUCAUGCACGCAGAGAUGCAAGAGGAGUGGAAACACUCUAUCUCUCCCGCGCAGAAUAUCUCACCACAUCCGAUUUCCGGUAACCGACGGAUUAAUAUCACGUAUCGAUGGUAUCGCGAUACUCUUCACCCGCGCUUUACUCCGCGGUGCAAAUGUGGCGAGCACACGAUUCUCCGAUGUGCACAACGCAACCAGGACACGCGAGGAAGGUAUAUGUGGAUGUGCUAUGCUGGCUUUGCACCGGGAAAGGAAGGCUGUUCUUUCUUCCAAUGGGCCGAGUUUGAUGAUGAUGGGGAUCCGGUGUGGGCAAAGAAAGCGUUGGCGGAUGAUGCCCCUGCUUUGACCGAUUUUUCGGCAUCUCAAUGA